GUCGCCUAUUUCGCUGGAGGCCGUCCUUCAUACGUCUUCUCGUAUAUUAUUUUUGCCUUAGCACAGGAGCGCUGCUUGAUUUACAGGCAGAGACCUCCACAGAAUUGUUUGGCUGUCUACGCACACACGCAUAUACAUAUAUACGUGGCGGCGCUGCUGCAUCACUCGCCUCUCCCACGCGUUUCGUAGAAGCGGCACAGCGGGACGCAGUUCGCAUCAACGCAACGCCUGCAACGAGGCUGCCGCAGAUUCCUUCCGUCUCCACCAGCCCCUUGAUUGGUUGGGGGGCUUUCCUUAUAGAUUCGUUUGUUUCAUUACAUAUACGCACACCCGUUGUUAUUUUCCUUUUUAGACCUCUCUCGUCUCUCAUCCCCACACGCGCCAGUAACGCAUGUCCUCGUCGAGCAUUAAGGUGGCCAUUCGCUGCCGCCCUCUCCUGGGCCAGGAGCGUCCCACCGGUGGGCUCGACAUCCAAAGCCGCCGUAUUCUUCUCGAUUCAAAGACGUACGACCCCGACUACACCUUUCCCCCCACCGCGACGCAAGACGACGUCUACCACGCCUGCCGGCCUAUUUUGCAAUGUGUGAAGGAAGGCAUGAACGGCACCAUCAUGGUUUACGGCCAAACCGGCACGGGUAAGACCUACACGAUGCUCGGCAACGACGCGGCGGAGCAUGGGCUCGUGCACAACGUCGUCGCGGAGAUGUUGGACUACGUGCAGCAGAAGACGAUCGAUGGAGAUCAGUGCGCCAUCACGCUGUCCAUGAUUGAAAUCUACAAUGAGCGGCUGACCGAUAUGCUGAGUCCCAACGGGGAUGAGGAGGUGACGCUGAUCUCCGGCUUUCCCCGCUUCACGCAUAAGGUAACGCUGUGUCGGGUCAACGACGCCAUUGAGACGAUCCAGCGGGGGCUGGCGUGGCGGCACACCGCGGCGACGCUGAUGAACGACCGCAGCAGCCGCUCGCACGUCGUCUUCAUCUUCGAUCUCGAGGAGUACAACGCCUUCACCGACCAAACCGACGUCGCCCACCUCUUCAUGAUUGACCUGGCGGGCUCGGAGAGCGUGAAGAAAUCGCUGGCCACCGGCGUCGCCGCGGGGGAGGCCGGCAAGAUCAACAAAUCGCUGCUCGCCCUCAAGAGUGUCUUUCUGGCCUUGUCGAACACCAACGAGGCGACGCGACCGAGCCACGUGCCCUACCGCGACUCGAAGCUGACGGAGCUGCUGCAGGACUCGAUCGGCGGCACCGCUCGCACGUUGAUGAUCGCGUGCAUCUCGUCGGUCGGUCGCGAUAUUGAGGAGACGAAGUCCACCCUUCUCUACGCUGUGAAGGCGCGCAGCAUCCGCAACGCGGCGAACACCGAAAAGGAGAAGCUGCUCGUGCGGCUGCGGUCGAUGGAGGUGGAGAAUCAGAAGCUGCGCAACCGCCUGCAGGAGCGCGUGAAUGAGCGGGGCGGGUACUACGUGACCAAGGAGGAGCACGAGCAAACGCAGGAGACUGCGGAGUCGUACGGGAAGAUGAAGGAGGCGGUAGAGCAGCUGAUGCAGGACCGCCAGAACAGCGACGCACGGCAGCACAUCUGCGAGUCCCAAGUCCGAGUGCUGCAUGCACUCCUGGAGGACAAGGCAGCCGAGCUGGAGAGUUUCAAGGAGGUUUACGCCGAGGCGCUGAAGCGAUUCGAGAGUCAGGCGUCGACGCUACAGCGUGUGGUGCGCGGUGGCGUCGGUGAGGCGAAGGAAGCCGUGCAGCGUUCCUUUGCAGAGAACUACGCCCGCUUGCACGCGUGGCGCACGGAGCUGCUGAGCGUGCUCGAGGAGCCGCUGCCGACGACGAUGCCGACGUUGCCCGAAGAGCGAGCCGUAGAGGAAGACGAGCAACAGCAGCAGCAACGUUUCACCCAGGAGGACACUACUGUGCACCCCGGCCUGGCCGAUCGGAGUGCCACCCCUCCGCCUGGUUUAACGCCGCACACCUCUCCUAUGCGCAACGAGAUCCGCUGCAGCAACGGCAACGGUAACAACCCUUCUAGCAGCACUGCCCAUGCCGGCCUGUACGUUGCUCCCUCGACCUCCUCGACAACCACUGCAGCAGCAGGAGUAGGAGGAGGUCAAUCUCUUGGGGCUGCGCGUUCCGCACGUGGCAGCGCCGCCUCCAUGCAGCGCGUGAGUGCCGCUUCGGCUGGCACCACUUCCGCCUCCGUGAGCCCCACGCGCCGUGGGGGCACGCGUCCUCGCGGCGGCGGGGCCUCGUCCUCGUACAACGCGUCUCGCCGUGCGACGCAGACUUCUCCGUCUCUGGCUGCAUGUCACCACCCGCCGAUGGCGCCGCCUUCGUCGCUGCCCGCCUCCACCGCGGUGAAGGACGAGCACGCCGCGGUGGACGAAUGCGGCGGCGCUGUAGCGGUGGUGGUGGCCGCGUCGAGCCCGCUGCAACCCGGCGGUAAAAGCGGGGCUGCCUCUCCCACCUGCUCCCCCAUUCGCCUCCCGCCGUCGCCGUCGCAGCCCGUCGUGCGCACACAGGAGUUGCUGCCGUCGUGGUCGGCCGUGCUGGCGCAGCAUGACGCUCAGUGCACCCGGACGGUGCAUCGGCUGAACGAAGCGGUGGUGGCCGUGCUCGAGGGGUGUCUUGUUGUCUUCGAACAGUACAAGAGUCACGCCGACGGAGUAGAAGAUAAACGUCGGCGGGGGCUGCAGGAAGUCUGUCAGCGCCUGCGCGGCGAGCUCGAGUCGCAGCUCACACAGCUGCAGCGCAUUGACGCAGCGGGCGAGCGCGAGCUCCGCGAUGCCCGCGAGGCACUUAGCGAGCAGCUCCAGCUAAAGAUGCAGCUGCGUCCCACCGCAGAGGCGACGCCCUUCCAACAGACGCUCCGCAGCGCGUGCAACGAGGUGGUGCGCCACGCCAUGCACGCCUUUCCCCACCCAAGCACACCCGCACCGGCGGAGGCGGCCAUGGACGUUAUUGUCCAUAACGUACAGCGCUGCAGCACCGCCUUCACCGUGCAGGCCCUCGACCCACUCUCCUCCAGCGCGGUGGCGCUCAACGCUGUUUUUGCGGGCAACACCACGACGUCCUGCACCUCUUCAGCGAGUGCGCCGCUGGCCAACAAAGCCGCUGCCACCACCACCACUACCACGACCGGCACCGUGGGCAACUUCGUAUGGUCGGACCUCGCCCCCAUGCCACGUCUUUCUCCCCCACUGCUCUCCGACGCGGCUACCGCAGUAGGCGGUGGUCGACAGCGCGAUCGCUCGUCCGCCACACCCGCGGGCCCAGAACAGGAGGAGGAGGGAGAGUCAUCCUCUACGGUUAGUACCAGCUCCGUGCGCGAGACGCGGCGCACCACGGUGCCGAUCGUUGCUUCUUCUCUUUCCUUGUCUGCCGGUGUUUCUGUCGCUGGCGCUUCGCCGAGGCAGCGGGUCAGCGCUCGUGCGUCGUCGCGGCGCAGCAGUGUGGCCUUGUCAGCGAUGCCGGUGAACCGUGUAAGCGAUCGCGGUGGACAGAGCAGUCCCCAGCAACGGCACUGCAAGCGGACGCGCAGCAAUGUUGCGUCGCAGAGAGGGGAUGGGUCGUCACGGCACACCACGAUGAUGCGCCGCACGUUGCGCUAG